AUGACAAAUUUUUAUACAUUCCUCCAGACAAUAACCAUGUCAGCGGAACAAAUAGGAAAUCCUUUAAGAAAGUUUAAACUCGUGUUUUUGGGAGAACAAAGUGUUGGCAAAACAUCGUUAAUCACACGGUUUAUGUAUGAUAGUUUUGAUAAUACGUAUCAAGCAACGAUUGGCAUUGAUUUCCUAUCAAAAACAAUGUACUUAGAGGAUCGAACUGUUCGAUUACAAUUAUGGGAUACCGCCGGUCAAGAACGCUUUCGAUCAUUAAUUCCCAGCUAUAUACGUGACUCGACCGUAGCAGUGGUUGUUUAUGAUAUAACAAAUUCGAAUUCCUUUCAACAAACAUCAAAAUGGAUUGAUGAUGUUCGAACAGAACGUGGCAGUGACGUAAUUAUCAUGUUAGUUGGUAAUAAAACUGAUCUGUCAGAUAAAAGGCAAGUUUCAACAGAAGAUGGAGAACGAAAAGCAAAAGAUCUUAAUGUUAUGUUCAUUGAGACAAGUGCAAAAGCAGGCUAUAAUGUUAAACAGUUAUUUCGACGUGUAGCAGCCGCUUUACCAGGAAUGGAACCGCCUGAACAAAAGAAAGAUGAUUGUGUCACAGUGGACGCAGCAAGCGGUUCUGUACGUGUCUGUAAUAAAGGUGGUUAUGUGGCAAAGUUCUAUCUUGAUUCACUAACAAAAAAUGGCGAAAGUAGAUCUUAUGAGUCUGGAAUUUAUCCAAUUGGCUCAUGUUUAGAACUACAAUUACCUAGAGAAGCUGUUUGGGGACGUGUAAGAACCGAAAAUAUGUUAUUUUUUGGUAUUUGGAGAGAAAUAUUCCGACAAGAAUUCACACCACCAAUAGACCGAUGCUACAGUAUAUGGGGAUCCACUUUUCAUCCAAGUUGGGGUGACUGUUAG